GAGUCGUCACACCUGCGCUAAACUUUGAGACAGAGGCACGCGCGCCGGCACACCGGCAUGAGUGGACAGAUGUGUGUGUGUGUGUGUGUGUGUGUGUGUGUGUGUGGAUGGUGACAGCUCUCCUGAAACAUGACCGCGUUCGUACAGUACACGGUGAGUGUGUGUGUGUGCUCUGUGGACCAGCUGUGGACACUGUGAGGAGUUUUAAGCUUUUUGUGGUAUUCAUUGGGACCUCCAAAUCCAUGGGGGUGUUUCCACAGUCUGGCCUUGACUCAGGAGGCAGCAGGAUAUGGCGAAGCGUCAACUGCAAAAGUGACCAGGAGUACCAGAACGGCAACAUCUGCUGCUUAAAUUGUCUUGCUGGUACACGUAUGGUAUCAGCCUGCACCACAUCAGGAAGAAGGGGUGUGUGUGAGGAAUGCGACGAUGGAACAUUCACUGAGCACACCAACAGUCUGAAGCACUGUUUCAAGUGCACACAGUGUCGCUCAGAUCAGGAAAUUGUAAGGGCGUGCAGUCACACUCAAGAUACUGAAUGUCAGUGCAAAUCUGGAAGAUUUUGUGCUCCUGACCAAGCAUGUGAGGUGUGCAAGACGUGUUUAAGGUGUAAAGAAGGUGAGGAGAUAGUGAGGAACUGCACCCCGACUGCCAACACAGAGUGCAAGAAAAUCCAGCCCAAAUCUGACCCUGCCUCAGCAGGGGCUUCAGUGAUUGUGCUGCCUGUACUGGCUGCUGUUGUUGUCCUUGCUGUUGUUCUGGGGAUUGUUGGGCGUAAGUGGAGUCAACGUAGACCAGCUUCUCAGAGAAAUCUACGUGACGGGUUGAAAGCAGAACAGAAUUGUCGCACUGAAGAAGGGAGGAACGGAGAAUCCGGAAGGCUGAGCUGCUCAAGUCUGAUCCUGCCCCGCCAACUGGUGAGAGCCAGAUCCUCCACUCAUGUGGAAGAUGAGCGCAAAGUGCUGUGUGAAAGCCUCAACAGCUCAGCCAGUAACUCGCAGCACAGUCUAACCGGCCCGCCCUCUUAUGCCUCCCCCACAUCUCCUCCUCGAGCCAGCCCCACGGCCCCCAUACAGCCCGACAGGAGGGAAGAUGAACAGUUUCCCAAGCUUGUUCCAGUGAAUGGCGAGGAGUCUCUGAGGAAAUGCUUUGAGUAUUUUGAAGAAAUCGACGUUGAUUACCACAAGAGAUUCUUCCGUCACCUCGGUAUUCUCGACAACGUGAUCAAAAGCAAAGAGCACCACACGUAUGAAGACAAGAUCCAUGACUUGUUGAAUAUCUGGGUGGAGAAAGAGGGCAGAGAAGCCAGCUUAAAUGACCUGCUGGCAGCCUUGAUGGAUAUAAAUCAAAGGAGAACAGCUGAAAACAUCAUGGAGAAAGCUGUUCACUAUGGUCAUUACUUCUGCGAAUGUUAGAGGUGACAUAAGAAUACCACUUAAUGUGUGAGGUGCACCAUCAAUACUGGUUGGAGGAGCACUGCACAAGAAACCAGAACAGAGAAACUACAGAUUACUGUAGGGUCCUUAAUAUUAGUUAUGGUAUCAGGUUGUUAAAGGAGUAAGCUUUUGUAUCGUCCACUACUGGCCACUUUAGCAACUCCCAAACUACCCUAAAGGGAAAAAAAAGUUCUCAUCCGAGAAAGCAUGAGUACUGUAGUCUCGUGACUUCUGCUGUGAGGUGCUUGUUGCUCCUUGUAAGCUAAAACUUUGAGUGUAAGUAAUGUACACUUACAGUGCACGUUUACCUAAAGCUGUUGCUCCCACUUCAGUAAGAGCAUGUUACUCUGGUGUACAGUUCUGAUGGGGAAAUGUAGGGACUUGUUUAGUUUGAGCUUGCCUCAGUUCCAUGCCUGCAUGACGUCACACACUCUAAAAUGACAACUUGAAUUCAGUUGUUAUUUUUGACUGACAAAGUGAUUGUUUUCCUUCUGGCCUAUGUUGAGUGUUAAUAAUGAAGUAUUAAUUCUAAGGUGUUUGUUGUUUUGUAUUUCACAUUCAUAUAGUGGCCGUACUGAUAAUUUUAUUUCUUAAGAUAUGUUUAUUUAUGUAGGGACAGACCUCCUGUUUCCAGGAAUGAAUGUCUUAGUGGUCACAGUGAUACAGCAUGUAAAGCAUUUAAAAAGCCUCAGGAUCAAUGAAAAAAGCCUCAGGAUCAAUGAAAUGACUACGACUGUUUGAAGUUACUAUGGUGGAGAACAGUUAUAUAAGAGUUAUAUUUGAUUUUAUUUAAAUAGUAUGUUCUCCUACUGACUGUAUUGUACACUGAUUGAUCUUCAUUGUUCAGGAUG